AUGCGAACCCACAUGCCCGGGGCGGGUGGCACGGCUCUCCGGGCAGCAGAUAACUGCUCACAGCCCAGACUAGAGAGCAGCAACCCUGGAGCUCCCUCCCAGGCUUUCGGCUGCAGCAUCUUUCCCUCCAGCACGGCCACAGCGGCCCGGCGAGCUGGUGCCGCCCUGCAGUGGGAGGAGAGGGGGGACGUCACCUGCCCGCUGCUCUUCAUCCAGCUCAACCAGCUCCUCAGCACCCCGGCGGGGCUGGAGUGGAGGGAGACGGCCAGGUGGAUCAAGUUUGAGGAGAAGGUGGAGGAUGGUGGGGAGCGCUGGAGCUCACCCCAUGUCCCAGCUCUGCCCCUGCACAGCCUGUUCCAGCUGAGGACAUGCCUGCAGAAGGGGACAAUGCUCCUGGAUCUGGAUGCCACCAGUUUCAAGGAAAUAAUUGACAAAGCACUUUCUGAGCAGCCCGAGGACGCAGAGCUGCAGCCUGCACUGAGGGAGCGCCUGGCAGCCCUCCUGCUCCUCCAGCCACAGCACCAGCCCACAAAAUCCCUGCUGCAGCUCCUUGCCGAGCUUGGUCUCUCUCCCUGCCGAGGUAGGAAGCCUGGCUGUCCCCCCAGGCAUCGUCCCACUGCCUCCAGCCCGGGGCAGUACCCACACUGGCCGUUUGCCUGUACAUGGAUUUUGCUGCUUCCUCUCUUUCUUUGCAGGGAAAGCCAAAGGCAGGUCUGA